AUGGCAUUGACAUAUGUUCGGUAUCCCGGCCUGUUUGAGUGGCUUAAUCCGAUUUGCUACAUUCGAUUCCUAGCCGCCAUAAGGACUAAAGUACGAGUCAUGCAUGCAGUGGUGCAGCCGUACACGGAGACAGAGAGCAAGAGAGAGACAGAGAUUGAGAAGAUUCAGAUCUUUGUGAAAACGGUAACCGGGAAGACCAUCACCCUUGAGGUUGAAUCUAGCGACACUAUCGACAACGCGCGUCAAGGCCAAGAUCCAGGAGAAAGAAAGUAUCCCCCGGACCAGCAGAUGCUCAUUUUCAUCAAAAAGCAGCUUAAGGAUGGUCGUACUCCUGCUAAUUACAACAUUCAGAAAGAAUCAACCCUGCAUUUGGUUCUGAGGCUUCGUGAUGGUAUUAUCGAGCCUUCUCUCAUGGCAUUGACUAGAAAGUAUAACCAAGAGAAGAUGAUCUACCGCAAGUGUUAUGCACUCCUUCAUUGCGGUGUUGUCAACUGUAGGAAGAAGUGUGGACACAACAACCAGCUAGUUGAGGCGAAAGCAGAAGAUCAAGUAGACAUUGAUUGCGUUGGGGGAAUGCCAUGUCUUUUUACAUCAUUGGCUUCUGCAUUUGAUCCCGUUCAAUUAAACUAAUCAUUCUUUUCUGAAUGAGAUUUUG